AUGGCGAAUCUAGAGAAAGAACCAAUCGCAUUCCCCGAUCCGGGCCCAGAUUCAGAGUCGGGCCGGAUCGUGACAGGGGGUUCAUAUGACACGCUGAUCAAGAUUUGGGACCCAGCUACGGGACAAUGCCUACGGACUCUUGAUGAACACAGCAAAUGGGUCCGAUCCGUGACCUGGUCGCCCGAUGGCCACCGGUUUGCAUCGUCGUCGGAUGACAAGUCCGUGAAGAUCUGGGAUCUUGCAACAGGCCAGUGUCUAGCAACCCUCCUCGGCCAUGAUGAUGUCGUCUGGCGAGUGGCCUGGUCGCAUGACAGCAGCCGCCUCGCAUCAUCUUCACUGGACAAGAUCAAGAUCUGGGACCCAGCGACGGGACGGUGCAUAUCAAACCUUGACGGCGGCGGCAUUUGCGUUUACUCUAUAGAGUGGUCGCGCGACAGCCACCAGCUGGCGACGGCGUUAGAUGAUAACCUCAAGAUCUGGGAUCUAGCCACGGAACGGUGCGUAUUGACGCUGAACAACUUGGGCAGUUUCAUCUACUCGGUGGCCUGGUCUGGUGAUGGCAGCCGACUCGCAUCCGGAUCAUCCGACCACGCCAUCAAGAUCUGGGAUCCGGUAACCGGCCAGUGCCUGUCAACAUUCAAUGGUCACGAGAGUACUGUCUAUGCAUUGGCUUGGUCGCCGCAGAAUCCCAAGGUCAAGAGCAGACUCGCCUCGGGAUCCUAUGACAAGUCCGUCAAGAUCUGGGAUCCAGCGACUGGCCAAUGUAUAUUGACGCUCAACGGCCAUACCGAAUGGAUCCGGGCUGUGGCCUGGUCGCGCGAUGGCAGUCGGCUCGCAUCUGCGGGAGAUGACAAGUCGGUGAAAAUUUGGGAUCUAUCAACGGGCGAAUGUAUAUCCACGCUCAAGGGUCACACCAGUGGCAUCUGGUCAAUGAAGUGGUCGGCCUGGAACGCUGUCUAG